ACAGUUACUCAUUUGGUCAGUACAUACGAGAGGUCAGUGCACGUCACGUAGGUAGCAUUCAGAGUGAAAAAUUUGGUGAAAAUUUAUCUGAUUUUGUGGAUAAAAAAGGAGUCUUUCCUGAGACUCUCUCGCGGCAGAACAUUGGGGGCCAGUUCGCGGAGGUCUCAGGUUUAGGGAGAAUUUCUAAUCUACGUAAAAUAGUGACGAACGUUUGAAGAAGUGAUCGCGUAUACUUUGGAAAGUAUUCGCGGUGUCCUAUGUAAUAUUCUGGUGUUGCAUUUGAAAACUGUUUUUUUCUUAAAGCAUUGCUGUCGUUUCGACGUCUGUAAAGAACAGACGGACUGUACGACAGGUUAUGUCAGCUGGAUUGGCAGGUGCUGUCUCAAAUCAGCGGAUGAAAGGGCAAACCAACAAUCAAGUAAGCAAUGGUCCUAAAGAACAUCAGCAACAGCAACAGCAAUCAGAACAUGCUGCUGGAGAAGAUACUGGAUUUGAUUCAUGGAGAGGAAGUAAUAAUACGCAGCAUCAUUCAAGUUAUCCAAUUAGUACCGGCGAUCCUUAUAGUCAAUACUAUGCAGGAACAUCGUUUCCUUAUCAAGCGUUUGGUGCCGGGGAUGGUACCUGGUCGAAUGGAACAGAUCCAGUUGCAUUUCUCUCUGGAUACGGAGGUCAAAUAAGUCAUGAUGCAUAUGGUAUGGAUGGAAUGUUCUCCGCGAGUGCUGGUGGUGGUUUUAGUACAUUCGGUCAACCUGCCUUCAAUUAUUUCCAUGGAAAUGGUGAUUUUAGUGCUUGGAGCACACCUAGAAAAACUCGCUAUGAAGAUUAUUAUCAAGCACCAAGAGGAAAUGAGAGUUACCCGACACCGAGUAGCGCUACUAUUAAGACUAUUGAACAAAGUGUACAAAGCUUAUCGAUUGGAAGCGGGGAGGUUCCAAGACAAGAUCAGCAAACAACAUCUAAUCAGCAGAUAAAAUCUGAAGCAAAGGAGCCAAGAAAAGUUACUUGGGCAAGUGUAGCGAGUCAACCUGCUAAACCUGUUCCUCCGCUUUCUUCGUCGCAAGGAAUGAAAAAGAAAGCUGGAAUGCCACCACCACCUAUUGUACCGGGAAAACACAAUAUGGAUAUAGGAACAUGGGGUGAAGGAAAAUCAUCUGCUCCUCCUCCGCCAACCGCACCUCCGCCGCCGCAAGUGCAACCACCGGUUCCACCUCCUCCGCCACCUGUUCAAAGACAAAGACCACCCCCUCCACCCUGCUGGAACAGGCAACAAUCAACUCCUCCGCCACUUCCCCAAUCGCAGAUCCAUAUGCCGACUCAAUCGCAGCACCAACAACAUCAACAGCAUCAGCAACAUCAGCAGCAUCAACAUCAACAACAUCAAGCCCAACAGCAACAGCAACAACAACAACAACAACAACAUCAGCAUCAGCAACAGCAGCAGCAGCAACAGCAGCAGCAGCAGCAAUCGCAGCAGUCACAGCAAUCACAGCAACAACAGCAACUUGUGCAAACUCAAUCUCAUCCCGUUUUGGAUGAACUUAAAGUGAAAAAUGAUUAUAAUCCGGUAGAAUUUGAUCAGACUGCACCUGGAGCUAGGUUUUUUGUAAUUAAAUCUUAUUCAGAAGAUGACAUUCAUAGAUCCAUUAAAUACGAAAUUUGGUGUAGUACAGAACAUGGAAACAAAAGACUGGAUCAGGCAUAUAGAGAAGCUAGCCGUGAAGGCGCACCUUUGUAUCUUUUUUUUUCUGUUAAUGGAUCUGGCCACUUUUGUGGUAUGGCUCAAAUGGUUUCUCCUGUCGACUAUCAAAGUAAUAGCUCUGUUUGGUCUCAAGAUAAAUGGAAGGGACAAUUUAGAGUUCGUUGGAUUUAUGUCAAAGAUGUCCCUAACAUUGAAUUACGACAUAUUAAAUUAGAAAACAAUGAGUAUAAACCAGUAACCAAUUCAAGGGAUGCGCAAGAAGUUCUUUAUGGGAAAGGUGUAACAAUUCUGCGUAUACUACAUACUUAUCGUCAUUCUACUAGUAUUUUUGAUGAUUUUGGACAUUAUGAAAGAAGACAAGCAGAAGAAGAUCAACGUAAAGCACCUUUGAAUUCUAUACAGCAUCAUCACCCUUCUUCCAACCAUAGAAAUAGAGGACAUCCAGGAGAUCUAUCGCGAGACCAUCAUCAGCACUCUCAACAUCAUCUUCAUCAACAUCAACGCAAGGAUCGAGAUGGGGGCCGUGGUAGAGGAAGAGGAGGUUCUCGUCAGUAGCAAUGAAUACAGUGGAAAACUAUUAUUAUUGGGAAGAAAAAUGAAUGGACAAGAAGAACGCUGCGACUAAUUAUCAUCUUAUUCCACACGUUCGCUUUUCAGGAUUUGAAAUAGGCCUUGCCUUUCCAUCAUAGAACUCUCUACAUCAAGGCCACUUCGUUUUGUUAAAUGAUUAAUAAUACAUAUGAUAAUUAGCGUCGCGUUAACAUAAUAAAUAUUAUGUAAUAAUAAAUAUUACAAAGAAGAACGUAAUUCAAUUUCAAAGGAUAUUGGGUAAACUUGAUGACGGUAAUAAGUAUCUAGUGUGGUGUUGCGUGUUAUUCGUCGAAAGGUGUUUCUUAAACGUACAAAUUAAUAAAAAUGAAUGAAAAAAAGCAAAAAAAAA